GCAACAACUACAAGUGUCAAGACAACUACAGCUGUCAAGACAACUAUGGGUGUCAAGACAAUCACCAACAACUCUGACCAAACUCAAAUGAAUCAAAUACAAUCCCAUCAUCACGCAUUCACUCCUGUUCAUAGAUGUCGGUUUGUUCAAUACUCUCCGUCUGCCAUCGUAUCUCUAGCAUUCGCUCCUUCUUCUACAAAACGACAACGUUAUCUUGCUGCUGCUCGUGCCAAUGGAAAUAUUGAACUAUGGAAUCCUCGUGGAAAAUCUUGGUUUUUGGAAAGAACUAUCCAUGGAUCUGCUGAAGCUCCCAUCGAAUCUGUAGUAUGGGUACAUCAAACUUCAUCCGCUGAACCCGAUUCAACUUCAACUCACGAGGUCGACUCUUCAAUCACUCCAUCACACUUUAGUCCUCUUCGUCUGUUUUCUGCUGGCUUGACUGGCUUGAUCACUGAAUACAAUUUAUCCUCUCUUUUACCUCGAUAUGAAACUGACUCGUUUGGUGGUCCAAUUUGGUGUAUGGCCGUCAAUCACGCUCAAUCACAUUUGGCUGUUGGCUGUGAAGACGGCUACGUUCGUAUUUUUAAAAUAUUGCCCUUGGAAACUAUUCAAACUCACGGCCAUUUGGAAUUCGUUUCAACAAUUGAAAAACAAUCAGGUAGAGUCAUGUCCCUGGCAUGGCAUCCAUCUGACACUUUUCUUGUCGUCGGAUCCGUCAAAAACACUAUCCGAAAAAUCUCAGUCGCUACCGGUCGUAGUGUACAUCGCAUGACACUCGAUACAGUUCGUGGUGAAGACACGAUCGUUUGGGAUCUGAAAAUCAUCGCUCCAACUUUGCCUGGUGCUUCAUCCCCCUCUUUUCUUAUAGUUGCUGCUGAUUCUCUCGGUUACAUCACAUUUUGGGAUUGGAAUACUGCUACAAUGCGUAAAUGUGUCAAGGCACAUGGUGCCGAUGCACUGUGUUUGGCUUCCAAUGCUGCUGGAACUCGUGUGUUUUCCGCUGGUGUGGAUCAUUCCUCUUUGGCUACUACACACUCCAACUCAUCUAAACGAGCUCCUGUAUCAAAAACAAGCUGGGUUGUGUCGGGCCAAAAACGAUUCCACACUCACGAUGUUCGUGCUCUUCUUUAUAUUGAAGAUCGUCCAUUUGAUUCCAUCGUGUCGGGUGGUGUAGACACAUCUCUUAUAUUUUCAUCUCCUGGCUCUUCUUUUAACAAGAUGAAGCAACAGCGCAUGCCUCUUUUUCCUCAUCGUCCAUUGGUCUCAAUUGCUCCUGAUGUGCGUCUUGUUAUGGCUAGAUUUGAUGAUCAUGUCAAUAUAUGGCGUUUGGCUGACAUUAACCCACGACUAGACCACACUGGUCACAAGCAUCUCAUGACCAUCAAGUUUAAAGGAAAAACUAAUCUUGUUGCAAGUGCAAUCUCCAGUAAUGGUGCUUGGAUUUGCUUGUCAGACCACUACACUGUAAAACUUUACCGUGUUAGUUUCCCAUAUGAAACUUCAACCAAAACCGACGAAUCCAAUCCCACUGGUUCGCCCAUUAUUAAACGUGCCAAAAAAUUCCACAUUGUAGGUGGAGCAAGCUGUGUUUUGUUUUCUCCAGAUUCAAGCAAACUGAUUGUUGCUGGAACGGACUCGAUUGUCAGAGUGGUUGAUUUGGAAAUGCAGUUGAAUGGUUCGUUUAAAAUUGCUGCAGAAUUUAAUCAACAUGCUGGCGAUGCCUCCAAAAGCGACAUGUAUAGUGUCAAUCAAUCCGACUCUGUCAAGGCUUGUGCUGGUAUUCUUUUGAUUUCUAUCUGUACCCAUUCAAAAUACAUGGCAACGGCAGAUGUGCUCAAUCGUGUUUAUGUUUACAAUCUUGAAUCUCUUCAAUUGCAUUCAACUCUUCCUGUAUUCACAUCGCUCCUUACAUCCAUGACAUUUCAUCCAGGUAUGGCACAGCAGUAUCAAGAAACGACCCAACUUCCCAUUUUUUCACCUACGCUUAUUCUCACAUCCAUGGCCAAUGAGCUUAUCAUGUACGACAUUGGCAGCGAAAGUAAUCCUGGUAAAAUAAGUGACUGGUCUCGACUCAACUCACAUCGUCUUCCUGAAGCCUUUGUGGAGCGUCGCGAAAGCGUCAUGGGCGUAUGUGUCGAUCCAAACAUGCCAAUGCGAUUGGUUGUAUGGGGUGCUUAUAUGGUCUGUUUUGUAGAUCUAAGUGUUGGAUUGGAAGCCGUCAGUCACAAAAGCAAAAACAAUCUCAAGCGUGUAUCCAACGCUGUUAACAAUCAAGAUAUAGAGACUACCCAGACACACGAGGGAAAAAAGAAUACGAAACAUGCUUCUACAGCUCAUGGCACACAAGUCACUCUUCGUAAAGGAUUUGUCAUGGAUACGCGAUACCAGUCCAUCAUGUAUAUGGAAUACGCUGGUUCUGAACUUGUAGUCAUUGAACGGCCUGUAUUGCAUGUAUUGGCUACACUGCCUGUUGCAUUCUACAAACACAAGUACGGCACUUGA